GCUUGCAACUCUUGCAAGUGCACGGCCGUCAACGGCCGCUCUCAGGCACUCUCAGGCUCCUCUCUAACCGAAGAGGUUAUAUACAUCUCUUUGGACAUAACACGUGCAAUACUGUAGAUAAAAAACAUAAAGCAGGCUUCAUGAAUUAAACAUGCAUGUUGGUAAUUGCGUAGUUUUUCUUUUUUCUAAAAUCUCCCGACGGACAAUUAGUUGAGAUUGUGAUAAUCGCUUUGAGGUUAAUUGUUGACAUAUUACUCACCGUUGCCAGAAGAUUAUGUCAAAAAUGGCAUCGAAUAAGUCUGUUAAUUCGAACGACGCUCUUCACGCGAACGUUCGAGUGAAGAUAGAACCUGGCACAUCUGUAUCACCAACACCGUCAACGUCAUCAUCAUCGUCGUCGCUAUCUGUACCGCUUUCGGAGAGGGUGAGCAUCAAAGUGGAGCCAGGUUUACCCACCACAGCCACGCAGAGACUAGUCUCCUAUCGACUACCACGAGAUCUGACACUAGGCGGAAACAUAAAAAUUGAAAAACCAAAGAAAGUUUACAUACCAAAUCUUAAUGUGCAGAGGAACAAGAAAAAGGAACAAUUUGAUUUCAGAGAUCCAGCAGUCUCAAUCAAAGCUGAGCCAGUGAAAUCGAGGCAUAACAAUCGCGUAAAAGAACGAGAAAAAGGAGACCGAGGACGUGGAAAAGGAGACAAAGGAAAUAUAAUACAGUCUAUUGGUGUAUGGUCAGAAGGAAUAUACACGCCACCUAAAAAGUAUGAGGGUUCCAGAGAGAGAGCUUCUAGUAGCACAGCAAAUUUUGAAAAACAUCUAAAACCAAAACUAAAUAAAAUUGCCAAGACAAAAGAAGAAAACAAAUUAAAUAAUCUGUCAUCGGAUGAACUAAGUGAUGACUAUCCGGAUGAUGAAAAAAUGUAUCCUCUCACGUUGCCUCGAAUUAAAAAAGAAAUGUAUAAUACAAUCGACGACAAGAUCGAUAAGAAAUCAAUCAUCUUGGAAAAUGCUAUAAUAAAAGGAAAGGAAACCAAACAAUACACACACAUGCAGGAAAAUCUCAGCAUCUCCAAAAUAAUCGAAAAUAAUUCUUAUACAUUAAUACAGUUUCCAGGAUCUUUGCCAGGCCUGAAAUAUAGUAGAGAGGAAGCAGGAUCAAAACAAUCAAAUGAUUCCAACACUCAUGACAAUAAAGAAAGUGAUAAUAAAGAAAAACUUGAGCGUUGCAUUUUGAAUGAUUUAAAAAGUGGUCUCUUGGGCAAACUCGAAAUUUUGAAAUCUGGUAAAGCGAGAUUACGUCUUGGCGAGAUGAGUUUUUUCGUCGACAUUGGAACGCAUCAAGAUUUUCAACAAGACCUUUUAGCUGUAAAAAUAGAUGCUGCAUCACAAACUGGUGAUCUUAUCAAUCUUGGUCCAGUGAACAGUAAAUUAAUUUGUUCACCAGAUUUUGAAUCAAUGUUAGAAAAUUCAUAAGAGUCUGUAAAUAUGCUGUGUAAAUAUGUCUUUAAUAAAGUGUUUGUAUAAAAGGA